UUAUUUAUUUAUUAAAAAACACUAUUUUAUUGGGUGGAUUAGGGUUCACUCCAUCUCUCUCGUGUCGUGUCUUCUCUUUGUUUGAAUUAUCAACAUUUGUUUCAUUAAACGCUUCUCCUCCUUACAACAAGUCAACACCUUUUCGAAUCCUCUCUCUUUGAUUCCUUAAUGGGAAAGCCAACGGCUAAGAAGACGCCAAAGGAUGCUUCCGGUGGCGGUGGAGGCAAGUCAGGUGGUAAAGCCAACCACCGCUCCGCUUCAAGAGCCUUCGACGAAGACAUGGAGAUAUUCAUUAACCGAGCAGCCGAGCUCAAAGAAGAAGGCAACAAGCUCUUCCAAAAGCGCGACAACGAAGGAGCGAUGCUGUGCUACGACAAAGCCGUGAAGCUUCUACCCAAAGACCACAUCGAUGUAGCGUAUCUUCGAACCAGCAUGGCCUCUUGCUAUAUGCAGAUGGGGUUAGGCGAGUACCCUAACGCGAUUAGCGAAUGCAAUUCGGCUCUCGAGGCUUCUCCUAGGUACAGCAGGGCCUUGCUGAGGCGCGCUCGCUGCUACGAGGCUUUGAACAAGCUGGAUUACGCGUUUAGGGAUGCUAGGAUUGUGCUGAACAUGGAGCCUGAGAACGUGAAUGCGAAUGAGGUGUUUGAUAGGGUUAAGAAGGCGUUGGUUGAUAAAGGUGUCGAUGUGGAGGAGAUGGAGCAGAGCUUUGUGGAUGUGAUGCCUCUUGGCACUGCUCGUUUGAAGAAGGUUGUGAAGAAGAGUAAGAAGAAGAAGAAAGAAGAUGAAGUUAAAGGGAAUAGAGCUAUUGUUGAGAGUCCAAAGGCUAUCAUAGCAGAGACAAAGGAGGAGAAGAAGAAAACUACUUUCAAGAAACAGAAAAAGAAGAGUGGUAAUAAGGGAGGAGAUGACAAGGUUGUUGUAAUGGACAAAGAGGUCAUUGCCUCUGAGAUUGUCCAAGGAGGAAAAGAAGAGACAACGGUUACUAGGACGGUUAAGUUGGUUCACGGAGAUGAUAUAAGGUGGGCGCAGUUACCGUUGGAUUCUAGUAUUAGACUUGUGAGAGACGUAACCAAGGAUCGGUUUCCUUCUCUAAAAGGGUUCUUGAUUAAGUAUAAGGACACAGAAGGUGAUUUGGUUACUAUCACCACAUCAGAUGAGCUGAAGCUCGCUGCUUCUAAUCAUGAUAAGCUCGCUUCCCUUAGAUUAUACAUAGCAGAAGCUAGCCCUGACCAAGAACCAAGUUAUGAUGGUGCUGAAAAGGAUGUGAAGAGAGUGAGCAGCGUUGCGGAUAGUGGAAGUGUUGGAGAGUCUUCGUGCUUUGAGAACUGGAUCUUUCAGUUUGCGCAGCUCUUCAAGAACCAUGUGGGGUUUGACUCUGACUCUUACUUGGACCUACAUGACCUUGGGAUGAAGCUUUACACAGAAGCGAUGGAAGACGCUGUAACCGGCGAAGAAGCGCAAGUGCUCUUUGAGAUAGCAGCUGAUAAGUUCCAAGAAAUGGCUGCGCUAGCUAUGUUCAACUGGGGGAACGUCCACAUGUCUAAAGCCAGGAAGCAAGUCUCUUUCCCCGAAGAUGCUUCGAGGGAAGCUGUACUAGAAGCGGUUGAAGCUGCGUUUGUGUGGACGAGAAACGAGUACAACAAAGCUGCUAAGAGAUAUGAAGAAGCGGUUAAGAUUAAACCUGAUUUCUACGAAGCUCUCAUCGCGCUUGGACAAGAGCAGUUUGAACAAGCAAAGCUUUUGUGGUACCAUGCGCUCAAAGGGAAGGUGGACAUAGAGAGUGAGGUGUCUCAGGAGGUUCUUAUGCUUUACAACAAAGCUGAGGAUAGCAUGGAGAGAGGGAUGCAGAUUUGGGAAGAGAUGGAAGAGCGUCGUUUAAACGGAAUCUCAAAGCUGGAUAUGCAGAGAGCGCUGCUGCAUAAGAUGCAGCUGGAUGGGUGGUGUAGAGAAGGUGCAGAUGAAGAGACGGUUGAGCAGACGGCUAAUAUGAGUUCACAGAUUAAUCUCUUGUGGGGCUCCAUCUUAUAUGAACGGUCUAUAGUGGAGUAUAAGCUGGGGCUAACGACUUGGGAGGAAUGUUUAGAGGUUGCAGUUGAGAAAUUUGAACUAGCUGGAGCUUCUGCGACUGAUAUAGCUGUGAUGGUGAAGAAUCAUUGUUCAAGCGAGAGUGCACUUGAAGGUAUGGGGUUCAAGAUUGAUGAGAUAGUACAGGCGUGGAAUGAGAUGUAUGAUGCUAAAAGAUGGCAGAUGGGUGUGCCAUCUUUCCGGCUAGAACCGAUGUUCCGGAGACGAGCGCCAAAACUGCAUGAUAUCUUGGAAAAUGUAUUUUCUGAGUCUGCUUGAGGAAAUAUUCUUCUCAUAUGUUAUCAUUAGGCACUUUGUUUGUUUGGGAGUAGUGUUCUCCCUUUUGAUUUUUUGUGUGGUGGAUAUCGAUCUCCACGGGAUAUACUCUUGGCUUCUGCGGUAUUCAUAUGUGGUGGCUGAGAAUGAUUGGGAUCCAGUCAAGAGAAGAAGGUUAUAAAUGGUGAUAACUCUCUUCUCUUCAGAUUUGAUACAACAUAUUGGUUGUUUGUUCUUUUUGUUAUGUUUGGUUCUAUACCAUAGCUGUGUAAUCAUUCUUGUUCACUGUUGAUUUGGAUUAGUGUCUUUAAAUUGGUGAUUGUUGUAUGAAUGUUUGUACCUUUACUUCAGGUUUAUUUUUAUUUUUUUGGUCAAAUACUUCAGAUUGUGCUAUCUUCAGAAGAAAAAGAAUAAUGGAUAUUUCAGAUUUGGCAGAUGUA